UUGAUGGAAGAUGAGUUGAUUAUGUAGGGUUAUGUUUGAUAAUAUUACUAUCUGAUUUUCGUGUUAAUUCGUUAUUUGCCUAUCUUUUAUUGAUUUUGGAGGUGCCAACAUUCUAACAAUUGGGAUCUUUCAAUGGUAAACAUGAAUGCUGCUGAUGACAAGGAAUGCAACAACAAACAAAACACCAACAAAGUGAAUGGGACAGCAGAAGAAGCUUGUGGUACUUCAAAUACUCCUCAAAAUGAAGAAAACAAAACAACUAAGCAAAAUGGCAAUUCUGUUCAAAAAACUGAUACCAAUCCUUUUACCAAUGGUGCCUACCCCAAAACCAAACAAGAGCCUCAAAAUGGUUCCAUUGGUCCAUCGUCUUCAAAUAGAAGUUGUAAUGACAAGUCUUUUGGGAAAUCGGAAAACUCUCAAGUAGAGUGUCGUGAAAACAAUGGAGAUUCGGCUUUGAGAAAUAGUGAAUGUUGUGACUCUACACAGAAACAAUGCCGAGCAAGAGAUAGGGUCAGCUGUGAUUACGACAGGAACAGUUCCAGCGAAGACGAGGAGUGUUGUAUUUACACUUACAAAGGUGAUUCCAAUCAAAUGGCAGAUUUGCCCAGUUCGUUCUUUAAUUUGGAUUUGUUACCGCAAAGACCACUGGCUAACAGUAGGAACUCGUCUCCCGAUAUGGACUACCUGGAGAUGGAUUUUGACCCCGGUCCGUCUAAUGACCGGUAUAGUUCUACAGACUCUGAAUGUGGCGAUAGACUGGAAAAUGAGGAGGAAUUUGUGCCAGAACUACCAUUGUUGCCGAAGCCGCCAGAAUGUGAGGGUGCACCAGAAGUUCGGCAGGUUGAGACGAGUCAUUCCACCCCUGUCUCCCCCCUCUCCAGUCCAUCACCGAGGCCGGAGAGCAGUUCGGAGCGAUCCCCUGUGUCAGUACCAGUUUCCAGUCCGCCGAUCUCACCUGUGCGCCAACCUGAAGACAGGACUGGCGCAGUAAAGGAAGAAACACCGCCAGUCUACUGUUACUGUGGUGCAAACAAACUGUCUCCUACAUCAAUCGAUGAGAACUUUAAUGACGGAGAUGGAGGAACAAUGGUUUGGAAAGAACACGAGGCCAAAGAUAAGCAAGUGAAUCAGAUCGGCGUUUCUCUAUGUGGAGCCACUGCUGUAGUCAAUGCUUUGAUGGGUUUGAACAUCCAAUUUUCCGUUUGCGCUGUGAAGCAGUUUGUCGCAACGAGGUUCCGCGCUGAGUCUGCUCCUCUGUCAGAGUAUCUAUUGUCUCGGUGUUACGCCGGCGCUACUGCCGAGGACAUGAUACGAGCCUUGGACGGCGCCUCACAACAGAUGGUGUUUGCUAGGUUCUUCUCAACUUAUCCGAAACGCAACAUUUCCCUAACCAGUUGGUUGUCCCACUGGAUAAGAAGAGGUGCUGUGCCCAUUUUGACCCUGAAUCUACAAAGAGUGGUUGUACCUGAUGGCCCGCCAGCGGACUGUUGGCACCAUCAGAUGGUUUACGGUGUCAGUCCUAAAGGGAUACAUCUCACCAACCCAUUGGAGGUUCAGAUCGAGAGCCGUCUGUGGCCCCAGCUGUCUAGUCCAUCUGUCUUGCUGGUCCGGAGAGAAGAUGUGAUUUCUCGGUGGAACCCCGACUCCAACUUGCUUCCUCUUGCUGAUCCUUCCAGGCCCGACUGGAGAAGGUUGAAUGUCCUAGGCCAAGUGGUGAAUGUUAUAAGAGAGGAGGGAGCGAGAAGUCACUUGAGAACGCACAUUACCAUCCCUGCGUCCUACACUCCCGGCGUCACUCUGUGUGUACUGAGGUCGAGCCCAGUGUAUGACGAACUGCGUCUUGCUCCCGAGUUACCAAUCGAUCCUUUUGCCAACAGAUAGUUUUGCAUGUACAGGAACUGCUUCAUGACGAGAACCGUAUAGGGGCUUCGUUUGUUUUCUUCUUAUGAGGUAUUGAAUGAAGCCGUUAAAUACUUUAAAUUGAUGCCAGGUAUUUUGUAUGUGAAGUUCGGCACAAUUUUUUAUGUAACAAUUUUGUAUAUGACAUACUUUAAUCAAAGCCAUGUAUAUAAGCUGUAAAAUGUAUAUUUUACAUUGUAAUAUUUCAAAUAAAAUUAGGUUACAAACAA